AUGUGCCGAGAUUGUAUUAUACAAUCAUUCCACAAUGCCUAUGACAGCACGGACGAUCCGGACCUCAGCUGGGGUGUGGAAUGGGCUUCGGGCUACGUCCGAGCCCGAGACCAUGUUUCCCUUUUAGGCGAGGACUUUGUGGCCAAAUAUGAGCUUCUCGAGGCAGAAUACGACGUCCUCAGGAGGAACCGAGUAUAUUGUCCUCACCCUACGUCAGAUCCGAACAAGAAGUGUGACACUUUCAUCGGGUCAGUUACACGUGACGCUGACAGCCGGGCAUCCUGCCCAACUUGUCAUCGCUCGGUGUGCAUGAAAUGCCGGCAACCUCAUGGAAACGAUCAUCCUCAGUAUUGCUCAGACUUAUCCCAAGAUGACGACUCAGAGGUGGCUCUGCCCCAGAACUGGAUACGGGCACAGGACUAUCAACUCUGUCCCCAAUGCCGGAAUCCUGUUCAACACUUGGAACUUUGUAACUUCGUGAGAUGCCCCUUAAGAGCCUGCCGGACAGGGUUUUGUUUCAUCUGCGGGCAGAUAGCUCAACACAGACAUCCAUAUCUACACUGGCAGCGAUUUCGGCCAAAUGGCUCGGAUGGAUGCUACCUUUGGGGUGGAAAGGGGCCAAAUGACCCCGCCACGGCGAUGUACGCCAACGUGGAAGAUCAGCCAAAGUAUUAUAGGAUCGAUAUGCCAACCUUGAAGACCCAUCUUUCCGCCGCGGUAUCUCAGCAAAAAGCCGUGCUACGUAUUCCAAAUUGGAUUCGAGACAUGUCAAAUGACUGGAAUGUGGUAUUCCGUUACGCCGAGGGCAUGGUCAGCGGGAUCUGCGCAUAUCAACUUGAUGCUCCACGGCCCCAGACGACACUUCGAGAGUUGAAUCUACUGGCGUCGUUCGACAAAUAUCUCAAUUACGCCGAUCGAUUCUUCUAUAUGUGGUCGUCCAUUGAGGCCAACGCUAGAGACCGGAUGGUGGAGGUCGCUCGUCCUGCUCAAUUUUGGUCGCAAGAACUUCAUGACAUCGCCAAUAGCAUUCCAAUCCAGGAAAGAGAAAUGACAAGGCUAACUGUAGGUAGUAUAAACAGAAGAGGAGCUAACGUAAAGAACGAAUGGACUCGUCAUGUGCCUCGAUCGAUGCAAAUUCUCUAUUGGGUAAUCCCAUCAGAGUCAAACUCCCAGGAAGCUUCGCGCGCUGGCAGGUCUGUAAUUUUCACAACCUUGAAGUGCGAAUAUGAGCCAAGUACGCACAAGAUAAGAGAAGCCAUGUUCGGCCUCGAAGCACUUUUGUUGAAAAGCCCACAAUGGCUCCUGAGCGCGGCUUUCCUUUCGAACUCGGUGAAUGGGAACCCUGCCCUGCUGCCCCCUCCACCACCCGGGCUUCGAGUCUUGCAAUAUUCACAUGCAACCGUCAAGCUGUCAACAAUACUAGCUAUAACUCGCGAUGCGAUUGAUCACGCUGUAAUGGAAGCCGAUGACGAUGCAUACGCACCACCCUCGAUCCCUGAAUGGUGGAAAGAUCCACCCCUGCCCGGAGAUACGGAAGUAGUCGUCAAAUAUGUCCAAGAUGGACAAGCCACGAAAGCCUUUGAAAAGGCAGAAGUCGUUGCUCUCUUCGUCCACAAUGGGGCCAACUGGUAUACGCGUGAUGCGCUGCUAAAGUUCUGUUGCCAURUGAAAAGUUUGGAGCAGAGUGAUGCUAUACUGUGUCGUAUCUUGUGCCUCGGGGAUAUCAGCAUUUUAACGGACACGGUGACGGUGACGGACGGGGAAUUGGAUCGUCCAGGAAUGGGAAUCACAUGGAAAUUUGAUGGGCACCGUUUGGUCUGA